UAUGUAUGAUCACCGGACGAUCGCCAGUCAUCAAUCGGUGAUCUGUCAUCUUCUAUCGUUAUAAGUAAUUUUUAGCUGUUUUUAAUUUAAUUCAGAAAACAUUGAAUUAUUUUCUUACAAUUAAUAGUUUGAAAAUAUAUUUCGAAUAUUUCAAGGUAAUAGAUAUUAACGAAGAAAAAAAAAACAUCACAAAGUGAUCAAAAAGUGAAUGUGAAUAUUUAUCUGUUCAAAGUCAGCGGAUUUUGCCAUGACGACAGAAGAACAAUUUCAAGCGGCUGUUAAUGUAAUCAGGAAUUUGCCAAAAAAUGGAGCAUACCAACCUAGCAAUGAAAUUAUGCUACGUUUUUAUGCAUAUUAUAAACAAGCAACAGAAGGACCAUGUCAACAACCAAAGCCAGCUUUUUGGGAAGUGGUUAAAAAGGCAAAAUGGGAUGCUUGGACACGGUUGGGAAAUAUGAGUAGAACAGAAGCCAUGAAUAAUUAUGUAGAAGAAUUAAAAAAGAUUGUAGAAACAAUGUCUUAUACAGACAAAGUAGCUAAUUUUUUAGACAGUUUAGAUUCAUUUUGUGAAAGUGUUCCACCUGAAGAUUUGGAACUACUUCUUGGUCCUGUAUUAGAACGUAUGCGUUCACAACCUGGAAUGCCAUUAUCUGGUUCUCCUUUAGCAUCAAGGGAAACAUCACCACAUAGAGUUUGUAAUAUAACUCGGCAUAUUGCAAGUAGUUUAGAAACUAGCCCAGCCACUAGCCAUGGUACAAGUCCACCUGAUACUGAUGGUGAAGAAGAAUUUAUAGAUACUGUUGAAUCAGCUCCAGAACGAAUACAAAAAGAUACAAUAAAAACCUCUAAUGUUAUUCAAAAAAUGACUAAUGGUUUAAAUAUUUCUACUGAAAAAAUUAAUGAAUUAAUUUCUCAAAAAGAAAACUCUUCAGAGUUAACUAAUGGAUACACUAAUAUAAAUGGUUAUACAGAAUCAUUAACAGAAAAUAAACAAGAAAGAAAUAAACAACGAAAUAAAAAAGAUGAAAAAUCCAAUGAUGAAUUUUUUAAUCAAAUAGCUACAACUAUGCAAAAUUUGCAAAGAGAUUUAGAUCGAAUAACAACUAGAGUACGCAGUUUAGAAGGACAAACAUUACAGGCAUUGGCACCAUCAAUAGUACAUACACAGCCUACUUCAUAUCCAGAAUGGUGGCCUUUACCAGAAUGUUCACCGCGACUAUUUACUAUCUUAAUCAUAUGGCCGUUUAUAACACAAUUUUUGAUUUCUUUAAUACAACGUUAUCGUCAACGAAGGCUGUGAUUUAAACAUUACUACUAUUUUAUUCAAAGUAUAUUCCAUUAUUUAAUAUUAGAUAAUGAAUUCAUAUUAAUGUUGAAUUCAAAUAAUAUAGACAUUUUCUAAAAAUUAUAAUUCAAGUAAAUUUCUACAAUUUAAAUGCGUAUUUGGCCGAAACUACGAUUCGUGUAGAUUGCAUUUAUAAACGAAUAAUCAAUCGUAUAAAAGUUUUAAAAUUUGUUUUUUAUAAAUUAUUCACAUAUAAAUGUACAGUAAAUGUACAGAAAUGUUUAUUUAUUUUAAAUACGAAAGAAUUGAUGAGAGUUUGAUUGCUCUCUGUAUGUUUAUAUAUUAAAAAUUAAUGAAUUAAUUCAAUAUCUAAUUUGUCCAAAGAUAUAAUGUGCUUAUAAAAUCAGUUGAAUGAAAAAUUAUAAAUAUUUUGCUUAAUGAAAUCAAUUUCUUCAGAAAUAAUAAGAAUAUUUAAACUAUAAUAUUAAUUAGAAACACAUUUCUAAUAUUAUUUAUAAAAAAUUUUUUUUUUUAAGUAAAAUAAAAUAUAAAAUACAAUCUAUAAUAGUAGUAUAUAGACAAUAAAUGAUAACAAUGAAGUAACAAAUAAUAAGUGAACUGAAUUAUAAGUUAAUUGAAAGAUUUUUCUAUAUCAAUAAUUUUCAAUUAUAUUAUAUCUUUGGAUAAAUUAUAAUUUAUAUGUAUUAUAAAUAGUAAUGUGUAUUCAUAUAUUGUAAUAUAGACAAAAAGAUUAUAUACAAAUUUUAUAUUGUACAUUCAGAUUAAAGAUAGAACAAAGAUAGAAUUAAUUAAAAUAUGUAAUUUUUUUUUAAAAAAUUUAUAAUUUACUUCGAAUUUUCUUAUUAUUAUUACUCAAUGAUAUUACAAAGUUUCUUUCAAUGAAUUUUAAAUUAAAAGCAAAUAUAUCACAAAAUUAUGUAUAUAUCACAAAUGUUGUAUAAAAAUGUAUAAUUUUUAAUUAUAUUUGUAAUAAUUAUUAUUUGUAAUUAUUUUUCACUUUAUACAAUCUCAAUAAAAUAUUUCAAAAUACUAUAA